GGGAGAACAGAGACACAGCAGAGUCUUUGACUCUUUCUGAAGUAAACUGGCCUGAUCUGAGGAAGCUUAGUUUUGUCCAGUGCAUAGUUAAGACCUUAGCCAUGGCAUCCGUGUCAUUUCGAGAGCCAAUAUCUUCCACAGUGGGAAAACGGAUGAUUGUUACAGGCCCAGAUUAUAUAAAGGAUCAUCUACCGAAGGUCCAUCAGCACAUUUCCUAUAUAGGAGAAAAGCGCCCAGCAUUAGAAAAGACUGGAGAUCUCAGAUAUUUAUGGAGGCCUGCCUCAAACAGUUGCUUACCAGCAAAAUAUAAAUAUGAGUAUGUUGGUGAAAUUGGUUGGGGAAUACCAGAGUUUGAUUUUAUCAACCAAACACGGCUUCAGACUGGCUUUCACAUCAAGUGUGGAGAAAUAAAUCAAGCCGCUAUUGAUAAAAUAGGACACAGAUACCAAAAUCCAUGGCAACCGAAACCUAGUAUUAUGGAUACGCAAGGAAGAUACAGCCGCGGUAGUAUUGCCUGGCAUAUGGGUGAUUAUGAGAACACUGAUCAAAGAAAUUCCAAAGGGGCUCUCCUUGUCAAGCAGAGCAUGGCAGAAUUGCCAAGAGCUUCCAAACCACCUAAGCUGCCAAAGCUACCAAGAAAGGAGAAAAGGAAAGUUGAGCCACUAAACCAGCAUGAUGCAGCUUGCUACUAGAAAGAAAAACUGACCGCAAAUACAGAACGAAAGUAAGGCCGUCAUAACUCAUCAGUACUUCUCACAUCACCCCCUGGGACAGAGGUCCUGUGAGAGCAUGCUUCAGUCUAAAGCCCGAAUAAAUAUUUUGGUGA